UCACCCCCCCCCCCCCGUCCCGCCCACCUCACCCCCUGUAGUCGGAGCUUUCUGCAAUUGGUAUUAAGCUUUAAGCUUCCCCUCUUUCUAAUAAAUAUCCUCAUCCCCUUUCUCCCUUGUUUCACCUUCAAUAUCAGCAUCCAUGGACUCUCAUCAAAUAGUUGCCAAGUCCAAACAGCGCUAUUAUUAUUCUCCUUUCCCUUCUUGUUUCCGUCGCCCUAUUGAGGUGGCUGCCGCAUCUCGCCCUCUUCCACUGCAUCAGCCACCUGUUGCUGCCAAUCCCAACUUGGCAACCUCCCUCUACAACACCUACAUCGGCCUCUUUGCUCUCACUUGGUCACGCAACCUCUUUGGCAGAUCUUUUCACAUCCAUUUCCUCCUCAAUGAUGGAGUUGUUGACUGCAAUACCAGUAGUACCUCUUCUUUCCACCUCCACAUUAAGCCUUUCAUUUUCUGGAAGAAACAGGGCUCCAAGAAGGUGGAUGACAAUGUCCACAUCUUUUGGGAUCUUUCCAAAGCUAAAUUUGGAUCCGGCCCUGAACCUCGAUCUGGAUUCUACAUCGCCGUCAUCGUUAAUCGCCAAAUGGUUCUUCUUGUCGGCGAUUUACCCAAAGAAGCUUACUCCAGAACCCGAGCUCCAAAGCCAGAGAAUUAUCCGUAUCAGAAUCCAAACAUGGUGCUGCGGAGGGAACAUGUGUGUGGGAACAGACUGUACAAAACAAAAGCAAACUUCGGUGGAAAAGAAAGAGAAAUAUCGAUUGAUUGCAGGAUCGGGGAAGAUCCAAGGUUGUAUUUCAGCGUGGAUAACAAAAGGGUGUUGCAGAUUAAGCACUUGAAAUGGAAAUUCAGAGGCAAUGAGAGGAUUGAAGUAGAUGGGGUUCCAGUAUUGGUAUCAUGGGAUGUCUAUAACUGGUUGUUUGAUGAUGACGAAGAUGGCUAUGCUCUGUUCAUGUUCAAAUUCGAGAAAUCAAGUUUGGAUGACCAAGGAGUUCAGAUGUGGUCGCAACAGUCUUGUGGAUUCGGGUUCGAGACGAAGAUGAUGAAGAAAGGGGUAUUGAGAAGUUCUAGAAGUUCAUCUUCUUCAUGUUUGUCUUCAGCAUCUUCAACCUGUAGCUCUGUAAUGGAAUGGGCUAGCACUGAAGAAAAUGAAUUGAAGGGUCCUUCUGGAUUUUCUUUGCUCGUUUAUGCUUGGAAGACCUGACUAAUUACUCUAGUUCAUUAAAAGCUGCAAUCAUUGGUACUCAUCCACUAACUUUAGUUUUCUUUCAAUUUAACUAACCCCAUUUAUUAUUCAUGUAAAAUAUAAGCACAAAUAAACCAAGAACUUGUUAAUAGGUGUAUAGUUUAGGUCUUUAAAUACUAGAAUUGUCCAUCUCUAUCUAGCUGCUACUACAUUGAAUGCAACUCAAGAAUAUACUCUACUACCAGGUACCAGCUAGUACUACUCUAUUUUUGUCUUUCUUUCUCUGAUUGCUUUUGAGUGAAUGCUGAGUUAUUUAUUAAUUCGAGUGGAUCCAAUGUAACAACGCUCUUUGAGAGAAAUGUAAAAGAAAUAUACAUUAUAUUAUUGUUCUUCUU